AUGGAACUUCAAACCCCGCCUAAGGGUACCAUUAAACUUUUAAAAAGGGUUUAUAUUAACAAGUCACCCUGGAUCCAACUCGAAAGGAUAUACUAUAAGGAGCUGGAUUCCAACGAUACCAACAGACCUGACGUUGAUGGUUUGUUUUUCGAGUUAUUCACCUUUUUAGAGCCUUUUGUUCCCGUUCAGUGCGACGAUAACGGCGCUCCCAUUAACUUACAAAAAAACGUCAGAUACUGGGACGUGUUUUCCAGAAGGCAGGUCAAUCAGCCAUCUCAUCCAAACUCCGCGACGACUUUGGCCUUUUGUUAUAAACUGGUUGAUAACAAAUACUCCUUUUUCUUGUCGGUCGUUGAGCAGUUCAGGCCCUCGGUCAAUGUGCACACUCUUGAGUUCCCAAGUGGCAUCUGCGACCCUGGAGAAGACACGACAACCUGUGGUCUUCGUGAAUUGAAGGAGGAAACGGGUUAUACGGGUGUGCUACUUAGGAAGAGUCCUAACCUGCCCACGUCGGUUUUAGGCAACGACAACACUUGUUUAAUCACCGUCCUGGUUGAUUUGGACUUGGAUGUAAAUUUAAAUCCCGUUCAAAGCCUCGAGCCCACGGAAACGAUCACUGCUCACGUGUUUCCACUUUGUAAUCUCCUUGAGGUUUGUUGCUCACUUCAGCUGAGUUAA